AUGUACCCAUUUCUUCUAGUCUAUACUGUAUAUGCUCUUGCCAUCUCUGCUCCUGCUCUGCCCUCGUCUCCUCUUCUGCCUGUUAAAGGCGAUGCUAUACGGCCCUUGCAGCAGAUCUCCAUUCCAUCAGUCGCUGGGACAGAGUCGUCUCAAACAGCACUGCUGAAGUCAGGACUCGACUUCUUCGACCCGGGUCGACGUGGUUGUGACGGUCUUCUCUCGAUAGUCCGGCGUGACAACGCUCUCGACUCGUCAAGCCCCUCUGAAGUACCGUCUUUUCGCACUCACUUUGAAAACACUCUUUGA